UAAAAAAAGUCAGCUGAACAAUGUAUUUUAUUUAUUUAUUAAAAAGCAUUAUCAUAUAUUUCAAAUGUUGAAAUCGUUCGCAUAGUCCAUGUUUUUGCUUAUUCAUAACUUUCGUGAUAUAUGAUUCGUAGGAGUAUUUAUUCUAGAACCUCUUUUAUGGGAAGUCUUUGUGUGUUGUUUUUUUGCAUUUUUGUGGAUGAUCUUGUUGAAUAAUGUUCGGGAGGCCAAGGUGUAGGGAAUGGACACCAUUAGCUACACAACAACUUCGUCUACGAAGCCUUAUUCAGAUUGUGGGUUAUAACAUCAGGCCUCCGGAAUGGUGUACGUCCGCAUGUAGUUUCUAUCUCACUCUGCAUCACACUACAAUGUCCGCUCCGUUCUACACAAGCGAACGUAUCAGCUCUCCACAUCCCAAGUGGAAAGAAAUUGAUUCAGAAAUUACCCAACGCAUGUCGUCAACUAACGUCGUAAUAAGAAUAUGGUGUCACACACUCAAAGAGGAAGACAUCAGUCAACCUCAAGACACUGUCAUACAAACUUGGGGCGUCUACUUCAGCGGCUUGCGAUACAUCGGGGCCAAUCUUGCCCUCAACUUCACCUCAGAUUGCUUUAAAAGCAACACAUUAGUUUUCCAAAUGCUAGGCGGAUACUUCUGCUCCUACAAAAGUCUUAAGUUAGACAUAAUACCACCAGAAAACGAAAUCGAACACGGUUCACUUUCCUCCGAUUCAUCGGGCAGGACGAACGCAUCAAAAAUCACUUUGGAGACAAAAUUUCUACAGCACCACAAAGUCAAAGAAGCAAGGUCGAUAUCUCCGAAUAAAUUUCCCAAGAAACUAGAGAAAGAGUAUUCAAAAAGCCACAGUCCCGUCGAGAGGGGUCUUAAAAACUAUUCUUCGUUGAAAACAUCGACUAGUUUGAACAUAAGUCAAAGUCAAAGGCGAAGAGAGGAGAGUGUAGAGAGAAAGCAAGACCCCAACUAUAUAUACGAACAUUCGCCGGACAGUAUGGACGUCGUCGCUAGUGAUAUAAACUGUGAUAAUAUAACGAAAAAAUCUUCUCGCGAAGAUUUGUCUAAUAGCAAAAUUGAUUUGAGUGAGACUGCUGAAAACUACGAUUUAAGAAACGAAGCGGACAGGGCGCCUAAGUAUCGAUAUUUAGCUUUAAACUUCUUGAAGUCCGAGAUCCGACCGAGUUACAACGCUAGUAAAUUACAGAAGCUACAUCUACUCCAAUACUCUAUUAAGAAGAGACAAGAGGCGGUGCAAGAAAUAAAGGAGAAGAUUUACAAGAAAUCCGCAAUGGCUUACGACUGGUCACAAUAUGAAGAGUGUGAUGAUAAGUUGAAAUUCAAGAGUAAAUCUCAGAGGAAUCUCUUCUCGCCUGAAGAAGAGAGUGCGGAGAAGGAGAAAUCUUCUUCGCAGAGUGACUUGAGUAAAAACGGCAGAAUUAAGGAGGAAAGACCAUUGUCUUCCAACGGACCAAGGCUCACAUUGAAGUUGAAUGAUCUCUUAUCUUUUAAGUCAAAACCCUCGCCUUUCCAACGAUCGGAACACAUUCGGUUGACGAAACAAUUAGAAAUAUUAAGGUUCAAGAGAAUAAUAUUGGCGGAUGAAAGAGACAGCAAGCUGGCAAACAUUAGAAGACUUAAAGAGAUACACGCUAAGUUGCUUGAAGAAAACCAGGAUGUUGGCUUGGAACUGCUCCAAGACUACCACGCGCUAUCCCGUCGCUCGGAGAUACUGAAGGAGACCCGUCAGUCUUGUGGCGCGCUGAGGGAACUCGCUGCUCGCUCCCAUGCGGCGCUAGCCUCGCAGCGGAGUCAGUUGUUAAGCCAUCUGCAUCAGAUAUUCUACAUACAGCAGAAAGACGAAGCGACCUGGACGAUAUGCGACGUCCCGCUACCCGUGUGCGGUGACGAGAGCCCCCGCGCCCACAGCCCGGUCUCGGACGCGGUAGCGGGCGGGCUGGCGGCGCAGGCCGUGUGUCUGGCCGCCGCCUUCACUGCGCAGCCGCUGCGGUACAAGAUCACGCUGCGCGGUUCCGCCACCAAGAUCCUCGACGUCGCGCACGACCUGCCUGAUCCUAACAUCCCCCUGUAUGCUCGAGGUGGCGAUACGGCUUUGUUUCGCUACGCGAUGUUUCUUCUGAACAAGUGUAUAGCGCAGCUGCUGUGGGGUCGCGGGCUGCCCGUGCCUGACAUGAGACCUACCCUCGCCAACCUGCAGAGACUUCUCACUACCACCACCAUGUCCGAUUCUUCGAAGCUGUUCGGCACGUAUAGACGGUUCAUCGACAGCCAAUGUCCUAGAACCCAGUCGCUGAGGAGUCUGGUGGCGUCUGAACGAGGGAAAUACAACCGCCAGUUUAAUAGAUUCAAGGAUGCGGUUGAUGGGCAAUCACCAGCCACGGCUAUGAGCUUGCGGAGACACCGACACUCGAGGAGUGUUGGUAGCUAUCAAGAUGACCAGGAGUUACCCGCUUUAGACGCUUCUACCACUUCCAUAAUGGGAAGUGAACCCAAUAUCUACGACACCAAACUGGCCCGGUCGAACUGCGAAGAACACACGCUGAAAACCCACAACUCCGAUUCGGAAAUAUCCAGAAUAUCACUAGAACACACACUAGAAGAGACUGAAACAAAAGUCGUUUUCACAUUAGGAGACUGCACUACGUUACAAAAAGAGAGAUUAGUUAGAAUAUCAAGCAAUAAUGGCGAUGAAAUGGCAUGUUCGAGUUGUUUGAACGACAAUGUUGCCAGAAUAUGUUCGGAAAUAACAGAUUUCUGCGCUAAAGACGUCCAAGAAGCUCUGGACAUAGCUCAACACAUGGAAAAUAUGGACAUAGCUGGACAUAUGACAGAGAACGAUAUAGCAGAGCAUAUGGCAAGAGCGAGUGAGAUAGAAGAAACCGAUAUGUGCGGAAACUGUGAAAAUAACAAGGACGGAGUGUGUGACUUAUCGUGUGCCAAAAACGUGAUGGAUGUAAUUGUAAUACCUAGUGCUGAGGCUAUAUUGGACACGGGGCAGAGAGAGAUGGCAAUAGAGGAGAUGAUAGCUACUGAGCUACAUGAGUGCGAAUGAGACCAAUAUAUUAAGACAAUAACGCUUGGAUUAAAUAUAAUCGUCACUUGUUAAAGCGAUACCUCAAUACAAAGUUUGCGGUACUUUUGUAGGUGACGUUACAUUAUGAUAAAAAUAAAUAUUAAUCGUGUCAUAACUUUGUAAAUUAAGUGCGUCGCCUUAUGUCGAAGUCGCAAUUAUAUUCAUAAAAUAACUGAGACUUAGUAAUAAAGUAACAAAAAAAAGAAGUGAAAAUCUUGUAGCGCCAUCUACAUUUCAAACCGUGAACUUUCUCGCAGUGUCCUUAUGUCAAAAAAAGCAAUAAUACAGUUACAAAUCUUAAUAGUCAAACCCUUAGAUACUUUCGGCUAUAUGAUAACUCUGAAAUACUCUAUAGAUUUAAAGUAAUACAUCUGUCGCCUUUUUUAUUCAAUAGAUGUCGCUGCCAAUUUGACAGAAAUGGGUUGUGUUUUUUUUUUUAAUUUACCUUCGAACUGGUGCUGGUUUCAGCACACCAUUCAAUUUAAUUUAAGUUAUGCCUGUCAUUAUCUUAUCCGCCGAAAAUGAAAGGGAUAUUCAAUCGACUGGCAUAAAAGUUAAGUAUCACACGUCAAUUUUCGGCAGAAAUAUAAAAAAAAACUCCUUUCCAGUUUCUAUUACAUAAUUUAUAAACUUAAAUACAAUGGUAUUCCAAUUGCAGUCGGUGGAAGGAAAGUGAAAAAUAAAGAGUUUAUGUGACUUUAUCACAGAAACAGUGUUUAACUGUUACACUGUGUAACUCCCAAAAUUACAUUGGCCCACAGCAUACUUCAAACUUGUUGCAUAUCAGCAAGUUGCCUAUUUUAUUCGCCCGGGUUAUUCAUUCAUUCAUUCAAUAAUUUUAAAAUGAACAGUUGUCAAUCAGCCGUCCCUUUCCCUUUCGGGGGAUAAGAAAAUGACGGGUAUAACUUAAAAUAAAAUCGGGAGGUUUCUGCAGGAAUCGGGACCACUAAUUGACUUGUUCUUUAACUACUGUGUAUUAACGUAAAUACUAUAUUAAAAAUGGCAACACAAUCUGUCAAAGUGACAGAUAGAUUGUAUUGUUUAAAAAAGAAACAUCGCGCCAAUAAUUAUUUCUGUUAAUAUAAAAAAUAUAAUUGUUUAGUUUAUAAUGUAAAGGUUACAAGAAUAAAAAUAUGAUUAUGUUACAAGAUAUUAAUAUUAAUUUAAUCGCUUUCAUAUUUAUUUACAUAAAAAUACUUUUUUAUUUAAGUAUAAUAUAUAUUUGUAGUUUAUAUUGAUUUAUUUAAUUAUUAAUUAUUAUUAUACUUAUUAUGUUAUACAAACUAUACAUACGUACGGUCACGAGUACUGUAUACACCUUGAAACCAUGUCACAUUAACUUUUUUGACAAAUUAAACCGUAAGUCUCAUAAAAUGUCAAAUACGAUAGUGCGACAGGGUUCUAAAGUGGGUACAUGUUAUUGCUCAUGACUGUACGUAUAAGUUCAUUCAAAAUGAAUGGUGCUGAUUCCAGUACACGCCAUUUCAUUGAAUUUAAAUUAUACCUGUCAUUUUCUUAUCUGCCGAAAAGGAAAGGGACACAAUCGACAGGCUUAGUUUUUUAUAUAAAAAAGGUACACCAACAGCUUAUACAGGGUGGCCCAGAAGUUCAGGUUCAAAAUGAAAAAUUAGAAAGAGGGGCUCAUUAGCUACCAGAAACACCCCCAUGUAUGUUCAGCAAUUAUUUACGGUUUAGGAGAUAUGACCCAUUUUGUACCUUUUUCUAGAUUUUCUACCUUACUUCAGAAAUAAUCAUUUUGUCGCUAUCCCUUUCUUAAUAAUUAUUUUAUUUUACUUCACAACUAUGCCUAAGUCUGUGUACCGCAAAGACUGUUACAGAAGCCAAUUAUAGGUGCACACAAAUUUAUGGAGCACCCAUCAAUUUUAGGCAGAAAUUUAAACAACUCUCUGAAAAUUUUACAUUGGUCGAUGACCCGACAGAAUUAAGUUGACAGCUCACGUCGAACGGGUUCCAUACCAGCGAGAUACACCAGCGUAGUGAGAUGUCGAUUUGAUUGUGGAUUCAAAUCAAAUAUACUUUAUUGCACACAAACAUUUAGCAACAGUACAAAUGGGCGGCCUUAUUCCACUAAAGCAAUUUCUUCCAGGCAACCACUACCAUGUAAAAAAAAAUAUUCCUUAACUGUUCGAGUUAUUCAUUCAAAUUAACAACUGUCAAUCAUCCGUCCCCUUUCCUUUUCGGCGGAUAAGAAAAUGACAGCUGUGUAACCUCGGUGUAACUGGGUAGUUUCCUAGGUCAAAGAUAAAUUAUAAAAUUCUGAUUUACUAAAUAAAGACAGAUCUAAAGCUGACAAAAAACGUUUUCUUUUUUCUAUUUAACUUAUUUAUAAAUUUGAAUAAAGAAAAAUGUAAUAAUAAGUGUGACAUUUUGUCACGUUUUCUAUGACGUCACAGGUUGCGUUUUCAUACAAAUUCCAUAAUAAUUUUGUGUUUUGACGUUUAGUAAAAAGUAAGUGAUUUCACUAGUUGGAAACUACCCUACUUAACACUUUAACUGUCCAUGCAUUACAUGUAAGUAAUGCACUGAAGACCUAGCUCGGUGCGUCCGUGCAUGACAUAUAAUGCACUAUUGGACGUAUGGCAAUUGUAUAGACAAUUGCCGUGGGACAGUCAAAGUGUUAAAUAAAAUUAGGAGGUGUCUCUUGGAAUCGGAGCCAAUUAUAAUAUGUAUUAAAAAGCUAUAAAGAUAAGUUUUUAGUGGCAUGGUAUAAUUAUUGACUUUCCUUAUGGUGUUGUUUUCAUUGUUUAGUAACAUUUUGAUUUGUAAAUAAAUAGUCUAACAUCACUUGUCUCUGUGAUUCUAUACUAAAAUAAAGCUGGCUUUUCAUAAGUUUUGAUAAACAUACAUAAACUCACGCCUGUUUCCCACCGGGGUAAGUAGAGACUGCGGCGAUCAAGUAUGCAUAUUUAAAUGGUGUACUCACAUGUCCCCUAUGUGCGAGGAUCUUUGCCAACAAGAUUGGCUAUAUAAGCCACAUGCGAGCACAUGAACGUCGGAGUUGGAGCAGUCGCCGUAGCCGAAAUCGGCACAUCAUUAUCGGGUAAGAACCCGGUAUUAUGUGUUUCACAUAAUACCGGGUACUUAGCGGCAUUAAUCAGGGAUAUGAGACUCAUAUCCCUGAUACCCUGAACCCGGUAUUAUGUGUAUCAAUUAAUUCAUAGCUACCUGCAUAGUUACUAAUGAAAGGUCAGUUUAAAGUUGCUAUUAUUAAUUAUAGUAUUGUUUAAAACGAACAUUAGCCGAAUUUAAGUACAGAAAAGGCUGUCGUCACCCUCAUUUUGUACCUACAUUUAGAUUUUAGUUGUCUUUCUCAUUAUUUAAGAGCUGUGCUGGAGUAAUCGCCGUUCCUCUCUUCUCUCCGCCAAAUCCUUCACCUGAUACGACACGACCUGCACCUUCUCUUUUAUACAUACAUAAACUCACGCCUAUUUCCCACCGGGGUUAGCAGAGACUAUGGAAUUCCAUUUGCUUCGAUCCUGACAUAUUUCUUUUGCUUCGUCCACGUUCAUCAAUAGUUUCAUACACGCACGCCGGUUCAGAGUAGAUCGUACUAAACCUUUUCUAAGGACAUCUCCUUUUUGGUCAAUGUACGUCCUUCUACGUCUUUCUCUGCCAGCUCUCCCACCAACCAUGGCUUUAUAUAUCUGUUUUAUUACUGCUCAUAAUUGAUAUAUAAUAUUACAAUCUGUUUGCAAUU